AAGCCCAUAACAGCUCGACAAAUAGUCCAGUCCAAGUAGUUUACCGGGUCGAGAGUGCAAAGUAUAUUGUUGCUCAAGACAUCGUGUUACAAAUUCAUCAAAUACACUCAUACAUCUAUACAUACAUCAAAUUAAACCAAAUCGAUUCAUCUGAAAGAUUAAGCAAUGAAGAGAAUUGAUUUUAGUGGACUUGAAUCUCCCGCCUCGUUUUGCGGAGCUGACUCUGACUUGUGCGAGAGCUUUUUAAAAACUCCGUCUUUCCAGCUUCCUGAUACGCUUGAUUUCGAUGGGUUUCAGAAGGAGGCUAUCCAGAUGGUGAAACCAGCAAAGGGAACAACUACUCUUGCUUUUAUCUUUAAGGAGGGUGUUAUUGUGGCAGCUGAUUCUCGUGCUAGCAUGGGAGGCUAUAUCUCAUCACAAUCAGUGAAGAAAAUCAUUGAAAUUAAUCCCCACAUGCUUGGUACUAUGGCUGGAGGUGCUGCUGAUUGCCAAUUUUGGCACAGAAAUUUGGGUAUUAAGUGCCGGUUGCAUGAAUUGGCAAAUAAACGAAGAAUUUCGGUUACUGGUGCUUCAAAAUUGCUGGCAAAUAUUCUAUAUUCCUAUCGUGGUAUGGGGUUGUCAGUUGGAACAAUGAUUGCAGGUUGGGAUGAAAAGGGCCCUGGUCUUUAUUACGUGGACAGUGAAGGAGGACGGCUAAAGGGAAACAGAUUCUCUGUUGGAUCUGGAUCACCAUAUGCUUAUGGUGUACUGGACAGCGGGUACCGCUAUGAUAUGUCAAUAGAAGAGGCUGCAGAAUUGGCUCGACGAUCCAUUUAUCAUGCAACAUUUCGUGAUGGAGCCAGUGGUGGUACUGCUAGCGUUUAUUAUGUUGGUCCUGAUGGAUGGAAGAAACUGUCUGGUGAUGAUGUUGGAGAAUUGCACUACAAGUACUAUCCUGUCGGACCAGCUGUUGUUGAACAGGAAAUGGCUGAAAUUUCCAUUGCUUAAGAGAUUGCAUUAAUGUAAUUUGGCUUCCAUGUUGAAUGAUUAUUAGAUCUUUGAUGUAACUGAGUUGCUAUGCACUAGUUCUAAACAAUGUAACAUUGAAUCUUUAUGCCCCUGCUGCGUGCAACUUGAAUUAGUAUCAAUCUUAUUCGACACGUCUUUGCAA